UCUCUUCCCAAUGCACACUGUCCACUUUCUCAUUUUCUUCAAUAUCCCCAAAUCACUUUGAUUUCAAUUUCUCACUGAAGCUUAACCUAGGGUUUCAUCACUUCAUCCUGUUUCUCUUCAUACAAUUUCCUGUAAUCAAGUUUGACUGUUGCUAGAUACUAGAUACUGCUGUCUGUUAUUGAUCUUGUGUGCUUUGAUGGAUGAUGAUCACGGGUACGGUUUGAAUGCGUCGGAUAGUAAUGUAAAUGGCGUGGAGUCUCGAAUGGAAGGAAAGUACGUUGAGGAAGAUGAUGACGACGGCGAAGAAGAAGAGGUUAACGAAACGAAUGUCGGUGAUAAUGAGUUAAACGAAACUACUCAGCAAAACGGAGAUGAUAAUGUUGGUCGGUAUGACGAGGAUGAGAAUGACGACGACGAUGAUGAUGGUGAAGAUAAUGAUCAUACGCUGCAAAGGCAUCCGAAAAAGCGGAAGUUGAAAAGCUUGUUAUUGAGUUACGAAUUUGCGCCUCGGGUCCCACCUCCUACUUCCGCACGAAAACCGUCGUACGGUAGACGAAACACGCUUACGGAUUGGAGUGAGGACGAGACGUUUGUGUUGUUAGACGCUUGGGGUGAGCGGUAUAUCAAAUGCGGACGAAAGAGUCUCCGAUCUGAAGAAUGGCUCGAAGUUGCCGACAGGGUAUCUCAGGAAUCAAAGAUGGAAAGAACCGAUACUCAGUGUCGAAACCGUUUGGAUACGUUGAAGAAAAAGUACAAAAAGGAGAAAGCUAACUUAAUCGGAAACCGAAUCGCAAACACUAAAUGGGUAUACUUCAAGAAAAUCGACAUGUUAUUGUCACCCGGAACCAGUGCGUUUAAAACCGCUAGCGUUAACAUAAACAACACAAAUGGUGUCGAUCAAACGUGGAGUACGACGAGGGGUACUACUUCCGGUAAUUCAUAUUCUCAUGACGACGAUGACGAUGAUGAUUCGGAUUUGCUUCCAUUAAAGAAACCAAAGGUGGGAGGUUCAUUCAAACUGCUUGCGGAUUCGAUUAAUAAGUUCAGCGAGAUAUACGAAAAGAUCGAAAACAACAAGAUUCAGCAGAUGAUAGAGCUGGAGAAAAUGAAGAUGGAGUUUCAUAAAGAUUUGGAAUUGCAGAAAAGACAAUUACUUGAUAGAGCACAACAAGGAGAUUAUGAAGAUAAUAAUGAUGUUUCUGCAGAAAAUAUUAGCCGGUAAUGUAUUAUUUAUUUGACCAUAUUUUAUUCAAAACCUUUGUGUAAUAUCUAGCAUGCAACUAUUUUGGGAUUCUAAUUGAUAAAUGGAUGUAUUUAAAAUA